GGGAGGAUCCCUCCAGGCAGCGCUGCUGUUCCCUGCUGCGAGCUCCAGCCCUGAGCUGGUUGAGCAUCUCUUCCUGCAUGAAGGUGCCAGGUCAGCCAAGCAUGGCCACCCAGAUGUUCGAGGGCAGACAGCAUGCGGUCGUCUACCAGAAAUACAGGUUUGCGCCAGGCAAAGAGUUGCAGCAGGCCAUCCUCUCCUACAUGCAGGAAAAGAAGGUGAUCCCUGCAGAGCUGGCGGUGGAUGUUGGCUGUGGGUCUGGACAAGGCACCCACUUCCUUGGGGAGCACUUCAAGAAGGUGGUGGGGACGGACAUCAGCGAAGCGCAGAUCCAGGAGGCCAAGGACACGCCCUGCAUGCCCAACAUCUCCUACCUUGUGUGCCCUGCAGAGGAGCUGCCAUUCCAGGAUGCCUCCGUGGAUGUCCUGACUUCAUUCACGGCCGCGCACUGGUUUGAUAUUGCCAAGUUCAUGAGGGAGGCCGAGCGGGUGGUGAAGCCGGGUGGCUGCGUGGCCCUCAGCACCUACACCGUGGACAUGAGCCUGCGCUAUGGAGACUGCUCCGAAAAGCUCACCAAAGUCUUCAGGGAGUGCUGGGACACGAUUUUAAAAUACGCACAUAAUAGACUAAAAUAUGUCUUGGAAGACUACAAAGAGAUCUUCGAGGCCCUGCCAUUCCCAGACAAUAAGAGAAUCACUGAUAUCUAUGACCAAAUUCCCAUGACUGUUGAGGGUGUGGUUGGUUACAUGGAGUCUGCCUCUCCAUAUCAAACCUUUUUGAAGAAUGACCCUAAAGCUGCAACGUCCCUCCUCCAAGAGACUGAAAAGAGGAUGCUGGAGACAAUGGGAGUUUCUUCUCGUGAGACCCCCGUGGAGUUCUGGGUGAGGCAUGUCUGUGUGCUGGGGUGCAAGGGGUGCUGAGAGAGUAAACUCUUCUCCUGAUGUGGUGCUACAAUGGAGGGAGAAGAGUAGUCAGUUUAGCAGGAGUCACUUCCUCCCAGACGGGCCCACUGGGGUCAGGAGCCAUCUGGGCUCAUCCUUACUCACUCCAGUGGCUUGGCUUGUGGCGAAAGGCUUUCCCACGCUUGUGACACGAAGGAGCCAGUGAGUCACCACAGAGCGAUUGCCUCACCCAGUGCUGAUGCCAGCCCCAUCCACAGUCAGGUUUCACUUUUGUUCUCGCACCUGGAAAUCCCACACACCUGGAAUUCCCACACACCUGGAAUUUCUUGCUCCAAGCAAGCUCGAGUGGCUCCAGCCUUCAGGCUGGGUGAACCUGAGGAAGGUGCUCCAUCAUCGCCAUCUGAGCUGCUCUCGGGGCACAGCACCAUUGGCAGCUGGGACUGGAACGACUGUGGGUCCCCAGUGCCCUGCAGACUCUGCUGGGCACAGUGGGAUGUCCCCAGCCUCUGCUGGCUUUGGGGAACUCUCCGCUGCCAGGGCGGGAGCUGGCACUGGCACGGUUUGGAGGAGCUGUGGCGAACGCAGCCAUGCUUUGCUGGCUGGGCUAUGGUGGAGCGUGACAUCGCUGUGCAAGGCGUGCGCCAAAGCCCGCGAUGGCAGGACCCCAUCCCAGGCACCUGGGGGCUCGGCUAUGGCUGGGGGUGGCACAAAUACCUGAGCAAGGCCCCCAGGAGAGAUCCUCAUCCCUCCAUCCCAGCCGCCAUGAGUGCUGGGGGCUGCGCUCACGGCCCGGCUUCGCCCCGCAGCUUUCGCUUUUCUUUGGUGCCUCUGAAUUUCCUUUUGCAUGUGUGAAGAGAUGAGGUUUCGCUUUACUUCUCCAAACAGAAAUGACACCUGGGAGACAAAAGCCACAGUGAUGGGAAACAGGAGCCAAAGCUGUCCCAUGAGGAUGUGGUGCUGCUCGGUGACCCGGCGGGUGGCCCGAAAGUGUCUCGGCAGGGAUUGGGGGUGUGGGACAGUGGGUGGUGGUGGAUCACCCCUCUUUCACUGGGGGCCACGUUUAUUUUACAUCUGUUGGGAUUUUCUGCUAAGGUGCCCUCUAUUCCAACUGAGCUGUGCCUGUUGGGAUGACAGAAGUGGAGUUAUUUAUGCUGGUUUGGACUUGUAUUUCACAAUUAAAUUGAACAUGAACUUU